AUGUUGCGCAGCGCCCUUCUGCUGGCUUCCUGCCUGGCUGGCAGUCUGCAUGCCUUGCCCGAGUCGAGAAAGCGAGGGGUCGGGGACACACGCCUUCGGUUUACCAGCAAUGGCACCUUUCACCUGACGGUGUUUGAGGACCUACAUUAUGGGGAGGCGGAGGAUACCGACUGGGGACCGAUGCAGGAUAUCGAGAGUCGCGCCGUGAUGAACACCGUUCUCGACCACGAAAGCCCCCAGCUGGUCAUCUUGAAUGGCGACCUUAUCACGGGCGAAGACACCUUCCUCUCCAAUGCCACCGAGUACAUUGACGAGAUCGUCGCCCCGCUCGUGGAACGGAACCUACGUUGGGCCUCCACCUACGGCAACCACGACAGCGACUAUAACCUGUCGCGCAACGCCAUCCUGGAGCGAGAGCAGUCGUACCCGAACAGUCUGACGGCCAGCAUGGUCGCCGGAAAGCUGGCCGGCGUGUCGAACUACUAUCUGCCCGUGUACCCGUCGGAUGCCUCCCAGACCACCCCGGCCGUGAUCCUGUGGUUCUUUGACAGUCGUGGGGGGAACUAUUAUCAGGAGCUCGCAGAUGGGAACGAAGUGCCCCAGCCCUGCUGGGUGGAUGAGUCGGUAGUUACCUGGUUCGUCGACACCAACGCCAACCUCACCCAACAGUACGGCAAAGUGAUUCCCUCUAUCGCCUUCUACCACAUCCCCGUCAAUGCCAUGCUGGCGUUCCAAAAUCAAGGCGUCAACGAAAAUGAGGAGCCGGGCAUCAACGCCGACGACCCUCUGGACCAGCAGGGAUCCGCCAGCGGACAGGGCGAUGUGUCGGGCACCGUCUUCAGCUAUGCCGGCCAGGACAUUCCCUUCAUGGAGGCGCUGCUCAACACCAAGGGUCUGUUGGCAACGUUCAGCGGACACGACCACGGUGAUGACUGGUGCUUCAAAUGGGACUCCAGGCUCCCCGGGAUGAAUCUCACCGGCAACGGUCUGAACCUGUGCUUUGGCCGCCACAGUGGCUAUGGUGGCUAUGGCUCCUGGACCCGGGGUGCCCGACAAAUCCUCCUGGACGAGAAAACCCUGGAGAAGCAGUUAGCCACCUGGGUCCGGCUGGAAGAUGGCUCGCUUUCGGGCAGCGUCACCCUCAACGCGACCUACGGCGAGGAUUCGUACCCGGCCGUGCCAACCACGUAUACUUAA